AUGGACAAAGGCCCAGAACUUCUUCCUGUGGAACACAGUCAUUUUCUAAAACAUAUCUAUAUUAUUUUUCUUUGUUCAUUUCUUUUUCUCGUUCCUCUUUUUCAUCCUCUUUUUUAUUUUCUUUCUUUAUUCGUUCUUUCUUUCUUUCUUUAUUUUUCCUUCAUUCACUUUUUUUUUUAUACUUUCUUACUGUUUCUCUCUCCUCCUUUCAAUUUUCUCCUCUACUUCUCCCCCUCUUCAUCUCACAUUUUUUUCUUUUUUGCUCCUCUCUUUGAUUCUAUUAACCUUCUGCCUCUCUUUCCAGCUUCUGCUUUCUCUCUCUUUCCAGCUUCUGCUCUCUUUUCAUCUUUCUGCUUCUCUCUUUCCAUCUUUCUAGCUUCUGCCUCUCUUUCCUCUCUUUCUGCCUCUCUUUCUAGCUUCUGCCUCUCUUUCCAGCUUCUGCCUCUCUUUCCAGCUUCUGCCUCUCUUUCCAGCUUCUGCCUCUCUUUCCAGCUUCUGCCUCUCUUUCCAGCUUCUGCCUCUCUUUCCAGCUUCUGCCUUCUCUCUCUUUCCAGCUUCUGCCUUCUCUCUCUUUCCAGCUUCUGCCUUCUCUCUCUUUCCAGCUUCUGCCUUCUCUCUCUUUCCAGCUUCUGCCUUCUGCUCUCUCUUUCCUUCUCUUUUCUGCUCUCUCUUUUCUGCUCUCUCUUUUCUGCUCUCUCUUUUCUGCUCUCUCUUUUCUGCUCUCUCUUUUCUGCUCUCUCUUUUCUGCUCUCUCUUUUCUGCUCUCUCUUUUCUGCUCUCUCUUUUCUGCUCUCUCUUUUCUGCUCUCUCUUUUCUGCUCUCUCUUUUCUGCUCUCUCUUUUCUGCUCUCUCUUUUCUGCUCUCUCUAUCUUUCCUUCUCUUCAUAAUUCCCUUGUUUCUCUUUUUUAUUUCACAACCCUUCCCUGA